AUGGCUGGAUUAUUGAUGCAUCCUUACGCCCAAGAACUAUCGGGUCAGAUCUUUAGCAUAAUAAUUCUUACUAUUGGUGCAGCUGAAACAUCAAUAGGUCUUGCAAUAUUAUUAGUAUAUUUUAGAAAUAAGGGUUCUAUAAUCAUUAGUGAUAUUAACCAGAUGAGAGGUGUAAUUAAAUGGCUAGAAAUCAAGGGAGUAACAAUAAGUUGGGGAGUUUAUGUUGAUCAAUUAACUGUUAUCAUGUUUAUAGUAGUAACCUGGAUUUCUACCGUUGUUCAUAUUUACUCUCUUGGAUAUAUGGAGAAUGAUAAAAACUUGCCUAAGUUUCUUUCUUUUAUAUCAUUUUUUACUUUUUUCAUGUUAGUAUUAGUUUCUGCUGAUAAUUUUUUACAGCUAUUCUUUGGUUGGGAAGGAGUAGGACUAUUUUCAUAUUUACUAAUUGGUUUUUGGUAUGAAAAAGAGGCGGCAAAUAAAGCAGCAAUUAAAGCUUUUAUAGUAAAUAGAGUGGGUGAUUUUGCUUUUAUGUUAGCAAUUAUUACUAUCUUUAUCUAUUGUAAUAAAGCAGAUUUUAUUUCUGUAUUUGCACAAGGAAAGGAGUUAAGAUGUAUGAGUAAAUCUGCUCAAAUUGGUAUGCAUAUUUGGUUACCAGAUGCAAUGGAAGGACCAACACCAGUAUCUGCACUUAUCCAUGCGGCAACUAUGGUAACAGCAGGAGUAUUUUUAGUGUCUAAAUGCUCCUAUUUAUUUGAAUAUAGUCCUAUUAUCCUACAGUUCAUUACUAUUAUUGGUGGUAUUACUUGUUUAUUUGCAGCAACUAUUGCCAUUACUCAAAACGAUAUUAAAAAGAUUAUUGCUUACUCGACAUGUAGUCAACUUGGUUAUAUGUUUAUUGCCUGCGGUUUAUCCGCCUAUAAUAAUGCUAUUUUUCACUUAGUAACCCAUGCCUUUUUCAAAGCUUUAUUAUUUUUAUCAGCUGGUAAAAAAAUGCCUGUAACUUAUGGUAAUUUCUUAUUUGGAUCAUUAGCACUCAUUGGCAUUUAUCCAUUGGCUGGUUUUUAUUCUAAAGACUUAAUACUAGAAUCAGCCUAUAGUGCUGACACAAUAGACCAAAUGGUUACUUUCAUCAUACCACUGGACAGUUUGAGUAAAACAUUUUACUUUUUUGAUCAACAAAUAAUUGAUAGAUAUGGUCCUAAUGGGGUUACAAAAGUUAUUAACUAUUUCGCUUAUUGGACAAGUAAAAUACAAACCGGAUAUGUCUUCAACUACACAUUAUAUGUAUACCUAUGGUACCAUUUCAUACAUGGCUUCCUGAUGCACAUGUACAAGCACCAACUGCUGGUUCUUGUAUUUGCUAUAAUAUAUAGUUCACUAAUUGCUUUUGUUCAGAAAGAUAUAAAAAAGAUGAUAGCUUAUUCCUCUAUUGCUCAUAUGGCAUAUGUAACAAGUGGUAUUUUUAGCUUUACUGAAGAAGGAAUCAAAGGAGCUAUUUUUCAAAUGAUUAGUCAUGGGAUGCUAUAUGAAAGACUACAUACUAAAGCAAUCGAUCAAUAUGGAGGAGUGGCAAAAAAAAUGCCAAUACUUGCGACUUGUUUUAUGAUUAGUAUGCUUGGUUCUAUUGGUUUACCAGCUUCUGGGAUAAUUCUUUCAACUAUCUAUAUGUUAAAACUUUAUAAAGAAGUAAUUAAAUAA